GAACUCCUCGUAAUGGGAAAGUGCAAGUAGCAAAUCGAAAGUUGACAGUUACAGGAUCUUACGAGGUUGACAUCACCUUUGUUAUUUAUGACCACACCUGUAAUCAUAUUACAUGAACAGUUUUAUAUCAUAUGUAAACAGUAGAGCAAGGUUGCGUUUAUUAAACAGUUAAAACAAUUUAAACUCAGGUAAAAUCUACCAUGCACAUCGAAAAGGACACCGGAAACGCAUUUUUUUAACGAAAGGAAUAGUGAAUGGGCUUAUUUGUUUAAUAUUAUGAAUCAGUGUCUUCAUCAGAGGAGAAAAGAACGCCGUACCUAAAAUGAGGUCACCCGGAACUACAAUAUUUUAAGAUUAUUCACUUUGAUGUAACACAUUAUUGUGUAUUGAAUAAUAAGUUGUGCAAACAGAAAGUAGGAAUUUCCUGGAUUACAUUGUACAAAACCUGUGACUUAGACUUACAUGAAAGAAAGAAAUAUUCACAUGGAUUUUUAGUGUUUAUUAGUUUCAAUCCGAACAUUUUACAACCCCAAGUGUUGACAUUCUUGUAAACAUGUGGAAGACAUAUAUUUCUUGCUGUUCAUUUCUUAUUAUUUUUCAUUUUAUAUCCGAUGUGCUUUCAUUUAAUCUUAAUAUAGACCUAGCUAAAACCUUUCAAGGAAAUCCAUCAGGUUAUUUUGGAUAUACUACAGACUUUUUAUUGACCAGAGAAAGUCCACCCAAAAAAUGGAUUUUAGUUGGUGCACCAACAUCUCAGGACAAGUUCCAGACAAAUGUAAAUAAGCCUGGUGCCCUGUUUAAAUGUGAUCCUAACGGUGUUUCGUCAUCCUGUGAACAAAUAAGGAUAGGAAGAGGAGGAAAUGUUGAAGACACAGAUUAUGGUGGAAAUCAGAUUUACCAUGGAAAAGAUAACGGAUGGUUAGGUGGUUCUCUUGCUGUUGGUGAUGCUGUUUUGAUUUGUGCUCCAAGAUGGCAAAAUAACAUUGAAACACUUGAAAACCAAAGUCCUUUGUCCCACAUGAAUGGUAUUUGCUAUGAAAUCCCAAGAGUUUUGGACACUUUUACCAUAGGCAAAUAUCCAUUCUUGUCAAAAGAUAAAGAUCAAAGGACCUUAAAUGAGUCACAUUAUUAUUACCAUUACAUGCAUGGUAUGAUGGGAAUGUCCGCACAAUAUACGGGAGAUACUGAUGAAAUAAUGCUUAUUGGUGCACCAGGUUUACGUGAUGCAUCAGGUGGUCUAGUUGAAUUUGGAAACAAUGUAGUAAAAAUUGCAUCAGAAUCAUAUGAUAAGGAGAGAAACAAUGAUUAUUUUGGGUAUGCUCUAACAUCAGGGAAGUUUUUAGGAGAUGGUGCUAAUUAUAUUGCUUUAGGUGGUCCACGAGGCAAUAGUGGGACAGGACAGGUGAAAAUUGUGAAGUUGGUCAAUACAUCAUUUUAUGAAGUGAAAGCUUUAGUCAAUGGAAUAGAGCCAGGAAGUUAUUUUGGUAGUGUAUUGUGUGCUGUUGAUGUUGAUAACACAAAGAAUAGUGAUGUUCUGGUUGUGGGAGCGCCAUUUUAUGGUAACCUCACACAAAUCAAUAUAGACGUAAAUAAUAUCAACCAGGAUGAAGGAAAAGUUUAUGUGUAUGGUUUUGAUAGUACAAGUGGUAUGUUCAAAGAAUUACAACAGCUGAGUGGAUCUAACACUAAGAACUCCAGGUUUGGCUCAGCUAUUUGUAGCCCAGGAGAUAUUAACAAUGAUGGGGCUUUAGACAUUGCCAUAGGAGCCCCAUUUGAGGAGGAUGGAAAAGGUGCUAUAUAUAUUUUUAAUGGUUAUCAAGGGAAAUUUUGGCAUCGUCCAUCACAGAUAAUAAAGGCUAGUUCCAUUAGCAGCAACCUAAAAGAGUUUGGAAUGUAUUUGUCACAAUUUAAUAUGGAUGUGGAUGAUAACUUAUACAAUGAUCUGGUUAUAGGAGCUCCAGGAUCUGAUAGUGUUGUCAUGUUAAAAUCUAAUCCAACAAUAUCCAUGGAAGUCAGUCUUAAAACUAGUCUUGUUAAUCCAGUUAACGUCAUACAAGACGAUGAUGAGAGGUUUGCCAUCCAAGUCUGUUUCAAAUAUACAGGAGAUAAAAGUUCACCACCAGAUGUCAUUGUGAACUACACUGUUUUUAUUGAUAAUAGUAUGACUCAACAAGGAAUACAAGAAAGGAUUCUAGCAGAAGAUGGUAGUUACACAGUGGCAGGUGACAAGAAGGUCAUCAAAGGUUAUGAAAUACCACAAUGUUCUAAUAAUUAUACAGUCGUAAUACAGAAAUAUAGAGUAAAAGAUAUUGUGACCCCUGUGACCUUUGUUGUCAAAUAUGCCAUUAAGCACCAAUCAGGAACAGGUUUGAAUUGUUCUACAAAUCCGUGCCCAGUUAUCAGUGUGUUUGAUGCUAAGAGGCAGGUUCCUGAUGCAGAUUUCUUCAUAGAAGAGAGGAUUGAAACUACAUUUCUUUUAAAAAGCAUAGUUAAAUUCAAAAAAGAUUGUGGUCCAGAUAACAUUUGUGAGACAGAUAUGAAAUUAGACGUUAAUCCAAAAUAUAAUUAUGGUAGAAGAGAUACCCUAGUCAGAGGACCGGAAGCAGGCUUUCACUUAGAUGUUAAUGUUACUAACUUGAGAGAAUCUUCGUAUGGAACAUUAUUGAAGAUUGAUGCACCUAAUUACAUCAGUUAUUUGAAGGUCAAAACACAUUCAGUACCCCCUGUGAGAUGUUCACCACGUAACAUUGACGAGACCAAGUCUAUUCUAGAAUGUGAAUUAUCUGAUUUGGAACAGCCGUUUGUGACGGGUAGAGUGGACAGAUUUACUAUUUAUUUUGAAGCUCGCUAUGCUCCUGUGGCUGUCAACAAUUUUGAUGUCAACAUAAAUCUAGAAACCAAAAGUGUGGAUAUAAACAAGUCAAAUAAUAAGAAAGUACUACAAAUGAAAGUUGAGUCAUAUGCUGACAUAGCAUUUGAUGGGGUUGGCAAUCCAGAAUUGUUUGUAACUAGCAAAACUAAAGUGGAUAGAGUAACACAUAGAUUUGAUUUUACCAACAAUGGACCUAGUAUCCUGGAGUCUUACCGAGGGUCUCAUUCAGUAUUUACUGUUAAAUACCCUAGUGUAGUUAUUGCCCAGAAAUCUAUCCUAAAAGUAACUGAACUGAAUUUUGUUGUUCCUAGCAAAACAAUGUACUUUGAUUGUGGACCAUCUGUAAUAAAGACGUUAGUUCCAGUAACUUCCAGAUUAAACACUUCUCUAACUUAUCAGUUAAAACAGAGAGAUGAAGCAAUGGAGAACAGUUUAAACUAUAAUUGUGAAUUAGGUGGCUGUAAGAUGGUUGAAUGUUCCAUUUCCCCACUGGAUGUGAAAGCUUUUGUCACAAUAAAGUUAACUUAUGAUAUGGACGUAGAUAUAUUAGCUAAAGUCAAGAGUCAGAGUUCUAAAGUAGAAAGUUUAUCUGUAGCAUCUGUAGCAACAGCAUCUAUGCAACCAAAUAUAGGAUUAACAUCGCCCCUUAGUCAUUCAGCUUUGGCAGAAACAGAUGUUGUACCAGCAGAACAGAAGAAGGAGAGUGUUCAGUGGUGGGUGGUGUUAUUACCAAUCGUAUUAGCACUGAUGGUAUUGGGCAUAGUUAUUUUUUGUUUAUGGAAGUUUGGAUUCUUUAAACGAAAACAUUUAGAUGAAAUUGUAGCAAGAAGAAAGAAAUCUCAAUACGUAGAACCAAAAAGUGAUGAAGAGGUUUUGAUAGAGGAGAAUGGUAAAGAUAAAGAAAAAGAGGCUCUAAAUGAAACCAAAGAAGAGGGACCUCCAGUUGAUAUACCUCAUGAUACCACUUGAAGUGAAAAUAUUAUUUGUUAUAUUUCUACAAAACAGUUCUAGAGAUGUUUGAAGCUUUAAUUUCAUAGUUGUUUUAUUUGUUUGUUUCAUUGAUCACCCGUUCAUACUGAUUGUCAAUCACUUAUUAGGCCAUUUAAUGGUUAUUUUCAUCUUUUAUAUAUUAUUAAAAAUGUUAUAUAAUUUAAAA